UCGCGAGACGAUUCCAUCUCAGUCUCGAUUUUGAACUUCAACGCGCAUCAACAUGACAGCUGCAAAAUUGAUUUUAUUUACCGCCUUGGUGGCUCUUACGGCCUCCUACUGCUCAGCUGGUUGGGUGGACUACUUAUUUCCCAGAGUUAUGGCUGAAUUUUAUAAACAGGAGCCCACAAAGGAGGGCUAUCGCUUUGAUUUGAAAGAACCCAAUGGCAGCACUCGGGAGGAAGUUGGCGUUAUUAUGAAUCCGGAUACGCCCGAAGAACAGUUGGUUGUGAUGGGUUCCUAUUCUUCCUACGAUGAGAAAACCGAUACCGAUACCAUUACCAUGUACACGGCCGACAAGGAUGGUUACAAGGCCCGCUAUAUGAUUAAGAAUCGCAAAUUAUCCCCUGGUGGUCUAAAAUCUCUUGCUGGUUAAUGA